GAGUACAAGGGUUCAAAGAUUACAAACAAGGCAUUUAAAUAGGGAGUAUGUUUUUGACAUAAUUAAUCCCAAUUUUGACUUGUUCUUACUUCGCUCAUGUUGAGUAGCAUAGAAUGUUCUGAAGGUUCUUUCACGCCAAAUCCAGUAAUAAAGAUACAAAUUUGAAGACUACUGUAAUCCACUUGAGCACUUCAUUCCAGUCUUCUUGACUGCAGACACAGCUAGAAAACAAAUGAAGAAACCUAAACCCAACACCAACAAAUAUAAAACCCUCCCAUCAUCAAAUCCCCACAAAUUAGGCUUUGGGAAACCAAAAACUUACAGAGAAGCCCAAGCAAUUUGCCACAAAUGGGGUCUAGUGUUGGAUCAGCUGGCCGUGGUCCUAAGAUUUCAGAAUUCAUCCCAAACUGCAAAUGGGAAUACGACAAACAAGGCUCACUUGUCCUCGAGGUCGAUGUACCAGGGUUCAAGAAGGACCGUCUGAAAGUAGAAUACGAAGAAUGUGGGCGUCUGAAAAUUUCCGGCGAUCGGCCGGGGGAGAAACAGUUCAGCAAGGUGUUCGCAGUUCCCGGAAAGUGUACGGCAGGUGAGAUUAGGGCAGUAUACCGCCGAGAUCGUCAGGUACUGCGCAUUGUGAUGCCCGGGAAAACCAGUGCUCCUUUACCGGUUGGUGUGGAUAAUAGCAUGCCAAACCCUAAAUCAGAGUCGAACUUACCCGGUCAAUCUCACGGAGAAGCCAAUAAGGGAAAUGGGACAAAGAUUGCGGUCAAUGUUGCGGCGGCGGUGGCGGUGCUUGCUGUCAUCGGAGUCGUCACUUUUUUCAUCAUUUGCAAAGCAAUCUAAUCACACUACAAUUUCAAUGGUGUCAUAAUCCCCUCUUAUUUUUUGAGAAAUUACCCAUAAAAAUGCUUGUGGAAU